AGCAGGAAGUGUUUGAGGAAGUGGCGCUCAGCGGGUGGGUUGGAGGUUCCCGCACUUCAAUGUCUUUGGGGUGGCGCCCCCACCCGCGCCCCCGCCCGCGUCCCGCCGCCAGAGUUAGCAGGACAUCACUAUGAGCUGGUCACCUUCCCUGACAACCCAAACAUGUGGGGCCUGGGAAAUGAAAGAACGGCUUGGGACAGGGGGAUUUGGGAACGUCAUCCGAUGGCACAAUCAGGAAACGGGCGAGCAGAUCGCCAUCAAGCAGUGCCGGCAGGAGCUCAGUCCCCGGAACCGUGAGCGCUGGUGCCUGGAGAUCCAGAUCAUGAGGAGGCUGAACCACCCCAAUGUGGUGGCCGCCCGGGAUGUCCCUGAGGGGAUGCAGAGCCUGGCUCCCAACGACUUGCCCCUUCUGGCCAUGGAGUACUGCCAGGGCGGGGAUCUGCGCAAGUACUUGAAUCAGUUCGAGAACUGUUGUGGCCUGCGGGAAGGAGCCAUCCUCACCUUGCUGAGUGACAUCGCCUCUGCACUUAGAUACCUUCACGAAAACAGAAUCAUCCAUCGGGAUCUAAAGCCAGAAAACAUCGUCCUGCAGCAAGGCGAACAGAGAUUAAUACACAAAAUUAUUGACCUGGGGUAUGCCAAGGAGCUGGACCAGGGCAGCCUCUGUACCUCCUUUGUGGGGACCCUGCAAUACCUGGCCCCGGAGCUGCUGGAGCAGCAGAAGUACACAGUGACAGUCGACUACUGGAGCUUCGGCACCUUGGCCUUUGAGUGCAUCACUGGCUUCCGGCCCUUCCUGCCCAACUGGCAGCCGGUGCAGUGGCACUCCAAAGUCCGGCAGAAGAGCGAGAUGGACAUCGUGGUGAGCGAGGACCUGAAUGGCACCGUGAAGUUCUCCAGCUCAUUACCCUACCCCAACAACCUCAACAGUGUCCUGGCCCAGCGGCUGGAGAAGUGGCUGCAGCUGAUGCUGAUGUGGCACCCCCGGCAGAGAGGCACCGAUCCCACGUACGGGCCCAAUGGCUGCUUCAAGGCCCUGGAUGACAUCUUAACCUUGAAGCUGGUUCAUAUCUUGAACAUGGUCACAGGCACCAUUCAUACCUACCCCGUGACCGAGGACGAGAGCCUGCAGAGCUUGAAGGCUCGGAUCCGGCAGGACACAGGCAUCCUCGAGGAGGCCCAGGAGCUGCUGCAGGAGGCGGGUCUGGCGCUGAUCCCCGACAAGCCCGCAGCUCAGUGCAUCUCCGAUGGCAAGCUGAACGAGGGCCGCACCCUGGACAUGGAUCUCGUCUUCCUCUUUGACAACAGCAGAGUCACCUAUGACACCCAGAUCUCCCCGAGGCCCCAGCCCGAAAGCGUCAGCUGCAUCCUGCAAGAGCCCAAGCGGAACCUCCCGUUUUUCCAGCUGAGGAAGGUGUGGGGCCAGGUCUGGCACAGCAUCCAGGCCCUGAAGGAAGACUGCAGCCGCCUGCAGCAGGGACAGCGUGCUGCCAUGAUGAAUCUGCUUCGGAACAACAGCUGCCUGUCCAAGAUGAAGAACUCCAUGGCCUCCAUGUCCCAGCAGCUCAAGGCCAAGCUUGAUUUCUUCAAAACCAGCAUCCAGAUUGACCUGGAGAAGUACAGUGAGCAGACAGAGUUUGGGAUCACAUCGGACAAACUGCUGCUGGCCUGGAGGGAGAUGGAGCAGGCCGUGGAGCUCUGUGGACGGGAGAACGAGGUGAAGCACCUGGUGGAGCGGAUGAUGGCCCUGCAGACCGACAUCGUGGACCUGCAGCGCAGCCCCAUGGGCCGCAAGCAGGGCGGGACGCUGGACGACCUAGAAGAGCAGGCACGGGAACUUUAUCGGAGACUGAGGGAAAAGCCCCGAGACCAGCGGACCGAUGGCGACAGUCAGGAAAUGGUGCGGCUGCUCCUCCAGGCCAUCCAGGGCUUUGAGAAGAAAGUGCGAGUGAUUUAUACACAGCUCAGUAAGACGGUGGUUUGCAAGCAGAAGGCCCUGGAGCUGCUGCCCAGGGUGGAGGAGGUAGUGAGUCUCAUGAACGAGGACGAGAAGACCGUGGUUCGGCUUCAGGAGAAGCGGCAGAAGGAGCUCUGGAACCUCCUGAAGAUCGCUUGUAGCAAGGUCCGUGGUCCUGUCAGCGGAAGCCCGGACAGCAUGAAUGCCUCUCGCCUGAGUCACCCCAGCCAGCUGAUGUCACAGCCCUGCCCUGCCCCCGACAGUUUACCUGAGGCCAUCAAGAAAAGUGAAGACCUCGUGGCUGAAGCACACAGCCUGUGCGCCCAGCUGGAAAAUGUGCUGCAGGACACGAUGAAGGAGCAGGACCAGAGCUUAAAGUCCCUAGACUGGAGCUGGCUGCAGGUGGAGGAGGAGCAGAACAGCCUGGAGCAGGCCUCGUGACAGUGGAUGGCCCUGACCUUGAUGGGCGGCCUGGCUGUGGCAUGUGACAGUCACCGUGGACCAAGAGUGCGGCCCUCCGUGGGCCCUGCCAACAGUCUGUCUGCACACGGGACAUCGUCCGUGACAGAGGCCAGCAGAUGCAGACACCAGGCGUGGGCGUCUAGGAAGACAGAGCCUUGGUGGCCACUCCUCUGCUUGGAGAAAAAACUGCUCCAAGUGUGGUUGCCCCUCAGACCCCUGGGCGCAUGUCUAACGUGACUUUCAGGACAAAGUCUGAAGGGUACUUGGUGCCAGCCAUCCCCUUCUGACCCCUCCUGGUCUCCUGAGGCCCAUGUCCACCUGUCUUCACUGCUAGUGUCUCAUCUGGAUUCAGUGUCUCUGAAACAGACUCAGAAGUCGUGAAUUCAGCCCGGCCCCGUCCUCCCUCUGCCUCUCCUUUCACUGCUGCUAAUGUUUUCCUGCUCCCUGUGACCUUGGUGGCUGUCCCUUCCUUCAGCAGGGCUGCAAGUGAGUGCCAUCCACCCCAUCUGUAGUCCUGCCAGCCACAGAGCCCCUCACUAGACCGGAAGGGAGGAGCAGCUCCCUCCCUGUGGGUUCCGGAGAGUCUCUGGCAGGAGUUGCCAUGGAGAAGGAAGAAGGAAAAGAUGGGUGUCUGUCACCCAUUAGUCUGCUGACCUCAGCGCCAAGCCUCCCAUGUGUGGCUUCGGCAGGGGGUGUGCCAGGAGGCGGUUCUCACCUCUUCUAUCAACUUCUAUUACAAAGUUGAUUUUUAUUUAAAAAAUAGAUUCUCUAUUUUGUGACACAACUCAAAUCCCACACUCUAUUUUUACAAUACCUCCAGUUAGGACUUAACGAACUUACAAUGCAUGUUCAGUGGAAAAUUGUAUGAAAUUGCAUAGUGUCUGAUCAGACUGACAGGGCACCAGCACUGCAGCUUUGACAUUUUGCAAGAACAGCAGGCAAGCAAAAUGAGUUCAGACGAUAACAAAUAGGCAGGUUGGGCUGGAGAAGAGAGUCGGACAGGAGGAGUUUCACCGAAGGCCUUCCAUGGAGGCAGUACCGUGGGUGUCCUGUCAAGUAAGUUUGAGAACCCCUUCACACUUUAACUGCCUCUUAGAAAUUUACACCGUGCACUGAUUCAUUAAAGUAUCUGAAAGUCCUGUGAUAAUAAACUGGCUUAACUCUGUUUAAAUCCA